CGGAGGGUAUAAAGGGACCCCCGGGAGCGCCCUCUCCCUCAGGAGCCGCCGGCAAGGGGGUAGCGAGGAAGCUCCUACGAGUGAAGCGGGAAAGAAGUUGAGAUUAGACAUCCUGCAAAAAUGAUUUCUUCAAAGCCCAGACUUGUCGUACCUUAUGGCCUCAAGACUCUGCUGGAGGGAGUUAGCAGAGCUGUUCUCAAAACCAAUCCACCAAACAUCACCCAGUUUGCAGCAGUUUAUUUUAAAGAACUUAUUGUGUUUAGAGAAGGGAAUAAUACUCUGGACAUAAAAGAUCUGGUUAAACAAUUUCAUCAGAUUAAAAUAGAGAGGUGGGCAGAAGGAACGACACAAGAGAAGAAAUCAGAAUAUGUGAAAGAAUCAGAAGGAACGUCUACAGUUUCCCAGGAACCUACACGAAUGGAAAAAUCCACAUACACAGAGGAGGACAAUAUAACUGGACCAAUAUUUAGCAACAAAACCACUCAGUUCCCAUCAGUUCAUUCUGAGUUCUCAGCAUCUGAGGAGACAAUUGAAGCAGUUCGUGGUCCUUCAAAAUCUUCCACCCCUAAGGAGUCCACCCCACCCUCAUCACCACCUCCAGCAGCUGUUUCACCAGAGUUUGCCUAUGUCCCAGCUGACCCAGCUCAGUUUGCUGCUCAGAUGUUAGGUAACGUUUCAUCUAUUCAUUCUAAUCAGUCUGAAAUUUUAAUGGUGGAUGUGGCAACAAGUAUGCCUACUGUUUCGGAGGAGGUGCUGAGCCAAGCAUCUGUUUAUGUAGAUGUAGGUUCUAAACCUAAAGACAGUGAACUAUCAACGGCUUUCUCGUCCCCCUUGCAGGAUGAACAAGAACCUCCUGCUUAUGAUCUCGCUCCUAAGGUCUCUUUGCAGGCUGAUGUUGAGGUUACAUCAACUGUUCAUAUAUCAUCUAUCUAUAAAGAUGAGCCUGUGACUGAAGGAGUUGUUUAUGUCCAGCAGAUACCAGGACAAAUAGAUAGCCCUUCUGCUGCUGAUGUUUCGGGUCCUAACGAAAAUGGGCAAUCACCAAUUAGCUCCAAACCUGUAUCAGGCAAAAAAGCCUCAGUCAUAUCUGAAAAAUCUGUAGGUUCUACAAUAAUUUCACAGGAGAGUGUGCAGGAGGAGGAAAUAGCAAGAGUUAUGCUCACUGACAUCUCUCAAGGUCAGCCUGCACAACUCCUGGAUGCAGGAGGCUCUGAGAAAUCUGUGCAACUUGAAAUGGAUAUGGCCAUAGGCCCUGACUAUACUGGGCAGGAGGAGUCAUGGCAAUUCUCUGCACCCCAGGAGAUGGAGGCCAGUCCUGUGCUCUCUGAGGAGGCUGCAGAAGCAGCAUACUCAGGUGCAUCUGUAAGAUCAUCUAGUGGCCCCACCCCUCCUGUUCCAGAAGGUCUUUCUGAUCCAGAAUUCGAACCAGAUGAGGAAGAAGCACCUGAACAAGGUUUGAUGGAGCCAGCAAUAGCAGCAAGCGAAGCAGGACAACCACCACCAUAUUCUAACAUGUGGACCCUUUAUUGUCUAACUGAUAUGAAUCAACAAAGUCGCCCAUCACCGCCACCUGCACCUGGGCCUUUUCCCCAGGCAACCCUCUAUUUAUCUAAUCCUAAGGAUCCACAGUUUCUGCAGCCUCCACCGAAAGUUACUUCUCCAACUUAUGUGAUGAUGGAUGACAGCAAGAAGACCAGUGCCCCACCUUUUAUUUUAGUAGGCUCAAAUGUUCAGGAAGCACAGGAUUGGAAACCUCUUCCUGGACAUGCUGUUGUUUCCCAAGCAGAUGCCUUGAAGAGAUAUGCUGCAGUACAAGUACCCAUUGCUGUUCCUGCAGAUCAGAAAUUCCAGAAACAGACCCCAAAUCCCCAGAAUGCUAGUCCUCCAAGUGGACAAGAUGUCCCCAGACCACAAAGUCCAGUUUUUCUUUCUGUUGCUUUCCCAGUAGAAGAUGUAGCCAAAAAAGGUUCAGGAUCUGGUGACAAACGUACUCCCUUUGGAAGUUACGGUAUUGCUGGAGAAAUUACCGUAACUAGUGCCCAUGUUCGCAGAGCAGAAAGUUAAAAAGGAUGCCCCAGAUGACUCUGUUUGAGACGACGUUCAAGGU